UACCAAGCAAAAGCUUUGCCCUCAGACGGGAGAAUAGGAGCUCAGGGAGAACAGAUCUGUCUGCUCUAGGUAGGAAGACCAAUAUAUGGCUGCUUAAAGAGGAGCAAAAGAGGAAGAAGAAGGGGGAGACCAUAGUCCCUUUCACCUGAAGAUGCACUAGAUCAGUGCUGCCAAAGUUGUCACUGGAGAGUUUUUCUUCCUGAUAUGGGCUUUGUCUGGAGCACCUGACACAGGUGACGCAGUACUCUAAGGAAAGGAAGACCAAGAGGAAAAUGGAAAACACAGCACAGGACACAGCCAAGAUGACCAGCGAAGAGGCUCUGUGUAGCCCUGUCGACCACAAGAUCAGAAAGCGCCCUGGCUUCUCCAAUCUCAAACUGUUUAUUGUAGCACUUUCCUUCGCCUAUUUCUCCAAAGCCCUGACAGGAACCUACAUGAAGAGCUCCAUCACUCAGAUAGAGAGGCGCUUUGACCUCUCCAGCACACACAUUGGUCUCAUAGAUGGCAGUUUUGAGAUGGGCAACUUGUUGUUUCUAGCCGUGGUCAGCCAUUUUGGGGCUAAGCUGCACCGACCCAGGCUCAUCGCUGCGGGCUGUUUCCUCAUGGCUGUGGGAGCGUUUCUCACUGGCCUCACACAUUUCUUCAUGGGACGGUAUAAGUAUGACACGGUGAUUCAGGUCUUUCAGAAUGAUAAUCUGAGCAUUGCUGCCUGUGUGGAUCCUCUGAAAACACUAGAUCACGUGCCAGAAAUUCAAAUAGAGCCUUCGUUGGAGGACAAUAAAGCCUGUGUGAGAGAUUCUGGUUCCAGCAUGUGGAUCUACGUAUUCCUGGGGAAUGCUCUGCGGGGGAUUGGAGAAACUCCAGUCACACCUCUUGGCAUCUCCUACAUCGAUGACUUUGCUAAGGCGGAAAACUCCCCUUUUUAUAUUGCUUGUCUCCAGACCAUUACUCUACUGGGUCCCAUGUUUGGCUUCCUUUUGGGUUCCUAUUGUGCCAGACUAUAUGUUGACAUUGGAUAUGUUGAUAUGGAAAGUGUGACCAUCACUCCUAAAGAUUCCCGCUGGGUGGGUGCUUGGUGGAUGGGUUUUCUUGUGUCCUCUGGCCUUCUGCUUAUCUCCAGCAUUCCCUUCUGGUUUCUGCCCCGUUCGAUGCCCAAGCAGGAGAGUGAAGAAAACCAUGAAACUCCAGUCUGCGAGAUCCUAAACGAGACAGAGGAUGCGCAAAACAACAACCAAAACUUCAAGCUGACUGAAAUUGCCAAAGGGUUCCUUCCAUCAUUGAGGCGUCUGUUAGGAACUCCUGCUUACUUCCUGCUUCUUUGCGGGAGCAUCCUGAAGUUCAAUGCAUUCAUCGGUCUACUCACCUUUAAAGCCAAAUACAUGGAGCAACAGUUUGGACAGUCUGCAUCCAGGGCAAACUUCCUCAUAGGUGUCCUGAACCUGCCAGCAGUGGCAAUAGGGAUCUUCCUCGGAGGGCUGCUGAUGAAGAGGUAUAAGCUGAGUGUGGUAUCAGGAGCUCAGCUUUCCUUUGCAACAUCCUUUAUGUCCUAUCUCCUCAUGCUGCUGCAGUUUGGCACCAAGUGUGAUAACAUACCCAUAGCGGGGCUCACUGUAUCGUACAAUGGGACAAAAGGUAUAUUGUACAGCAGAGAAAUGCUCUUCUCUGAGUGUAACAGGGACUGCUUGUGUUCAGCAGAGGAGUGGGACCCCGUUUGCUCAGAUAGCGGCAUCACUUACAUCUCUCCAUGCAUGGCUGGCUGCCUCAGUUCCAGCGGACACGGCAAAAACACCGUCUUUCACAACUGCACCUGUGUGUCCACCUCCUUUCCAGCAGGCAGCAGUACAUCAGUGAGACUGGGCCAGUGCCCUCAUGCCAAGGACUGCAGCCGAAGCUUCACCUCCUAUAUGGCCAUAUCUGUUCUCAGCUCCUUUAUCAAUGCUCUGGGAGCCACACCUGGCUACAUGGUCAUUAUACGAUGCAUCACACCCGAGCUCAAAUCCCUUGCUCUGGGUAUUCAGACCUUGGUAACUAGGACUCUUGGUGGAAUUCCUGCACCAGUGUAUUUCGGCGCUUUGAUUGAUUCAACUUGCCUUAAAUGGUCUAUGAAGAGUUGUGGCGGUAGGGGGGCAUGCCGUAUUUACAACUCUGAUAUGUACAGGAUCAUUUUCCUGGGUUUGAUCACUUGUAUCAGUGGCUCCUCUUAUUUUUUUAUCAUUGCUGUCAUCAUCCUUCUCAGACGCCAGUUCCGAAAGCCAGAGAAGGACACAGACAAGCAGGAGCAAAAAGCAUCAAAGGAUUUUGAACUAAAGACGCCAUUAAACCUCACUGAGGAGAUUAGAGCCAGUCCUGAAACUCCCAACUUACCCAGUGCUACAAAAAUUUGGGUAAAGAUUGCUACAGAUUUGGAGGAAGGAGGAGAGGUCCACACAGUAGAACAGCCCCCUCAUAAUGAUGGAGUAAUCUCUACAAGUAAUGCACAGGAGGCUAAAUACAUGACAAAUACCUGCGCUGAAGUUAUUCCUCUGUCUUCUGAUGGCACAAACACAGAGAUAGUCAGUAAAGAAUCCAUCGGACACAAAGUAAUAGAGAAGCAGGACGAUCACAUUGAUGACAAGAGUAAAUUGGAGAAAGAGAGUCAGCAACUAAACUGAUGGACCACAUAAAGACUGUGUUUAGCAGAGUGGUCUCCAACACAAAAUCAAACUGGAAUAGAUGGAACAAGUCCCAAAGUUUGGUCAAAAGAUCAUUUUCCUGUUAAGAGGGACUACUAUUCUUUCAGGACAAUGUCAUGGUUAAUGCUAAUAGUAUUUUCCAUCCUUUUUUUGCAGGAUGCAGCUAUUAUAUUCAGUGUUGGAUGUGAAAUGUAACAAAGUAACAAGUCCUUAGAUAAAAAUUUUGGCGGGGGGGG